GACGGUCGAAAUGGAAAGACUCCUCAGGUCUCAUCACUUGAGAAUCCAGGCAUAUUAUUACUACCGAAAUCAUGGAAGACGGCGUCGACUCUGGCAUGCGAGCACUUCCACCAGGAGCCGUUCACCUCCUCCACACCAACAGCCACGGUACCGGGGCCGACGAAGUCAUCCUUGUACCACAGCCAUCCAAACACCCAGAUGGCCCACUGAAUUGGCCAAAAAGCCGGAAGACUAUUCAUAUUUGUCUCAUCUACUUAUACACCUUUACGUGUGGUUGCGGUGGCACCGCCACAUACUCCGUUUUGACCGACAUUUCUCGAGACACCAACAUCACCUUGACCCAACUCAACCUCGGCACCGGCUUGAUCUUUCUGCUGGCCGGAUGGGGAAACUGCUUUUGGCAACCUCUGGCACUCACUUUUGGUCGCAGACCAGUCUUCCUCACUGCGGGCCGUAUCCUGUACGGGUUCUUCGUUGGACCUUGUGAGGUGCUCCCUGAGAUCAGCAUUCCCGACACGUAUUUUGCGCACGAGCGCGGAGCAUACGUCGGCAUCUACUCGAUGGUAUUGCAAGGAAGCAACUUUUUCGCCCCCUUUGUGUCAGGAUUUAUCAACGACGCACUCGGUUGGCAAUGGGUUCAGCACGUUUGCGCCAUUUUCUUUGCUUUGAAUCUCAUAUUGGCCUUUUUCUUCCAGGAAGAGUCCAUGUUUGAGAGACAGACUGCUGAAGCCACCGUUGGUACUCGUGAACCUGCAGACGAUGAAAAGGCCACGCCGACUGGAAUCGCCAAUACCAGAGAUGAGUCAGCGGGAGAGACUUACACGGUCAAAUCCUAUCGUCAAAAGCUGGCAUUGUAUACCCGCAGUGGUCUCACCUUGAAGCAAUGCUUGCGCAUCGCAUAUCGGCCAAUCUUCAUCUUCUUCCAGUUUCCCUGCAUCACAUGGGCGGGACUACAAUAUGGGUUCACAAACGCCUGGUAUUCCGUUUACAACGCCACUGCAUUCUCGAUACUUUCACCGCAGCCUUAUUCCUAUCGUGCCUCAAUGGUGGGCGUCACCUACCUUGCUCCACUUCUUGGGGCUUUGAUCGGCGGUUACGUCUCGGGCCCGGUAUCAGAUUCCUUCAGCAUGAGGUUGGCACGCCGGAACAAGGGAUUUCGCGAGCCAGAGCACCGUUUGUGGGGAAUUUCAUUCACUGCAAUCAUCUUGCCGCUAAGACUACUGUUAUGGGGAGUCGAAGCUGCAUUCUCGCUGCCCAUAGGUGUCCUGAUGCUGGGAUCCGUUUUCUGCGGCUUUGGGAUUGUGACCGGAGGGACAUAUUCCAUCACGUAUUCGGUUGACGCCUUCAAGGAGAUUGCUGGCGAGUCAAUCGUUUCACUCAUCUUAUGUCGCAGUACGCUCACUUUUGGGUUCAGCUAUGCCAUCACGCCUUGGAUCGAUGGGGCAGGAUUGCAGAAUACGUUUAUCGUGGUUGCAAUCAUCUCUUUCUUGACGGGUAUGUCUUUCCUGAUCAUGAUCUGGAAAGGGAAGCAGCUGCGCAUAUUGUCGGAAGCUAGGUAUUGGAGAUAUGCGGCAAUGCAAGUUGUGAGGCACUGACGGAAUUCAACGCGGCUUUGGGAUUCACAUCAGGAC